GACAGGUGUUUGUUGUUGUGAUAAAAGUAGUGAGUUUGCGAGUCAGAGUUGCUGUGGCUACGAGAGCUCCCAGUUGCGCUGCGCGGAGUUGAACCCCAGUAGGAGCAGCAGCCAGGAGAGGACGACUUUGCCUGACCUCGUUUGCGCUUUGAAUAUGUUCACAUUCGUCAAGUUUUGCUCUUCAAAAUCCUCGAACUCAUGGUGAAGAGAAAGAAGACACCGUCCGCUUGCGAUGAGCUUGAAAACGGGAUGACAGUGGGCCAAGGGGGCGGUUCGGGAGUCGAGGGGCCGAGCAAACCGGACCGAAAGUCCGAAGGGGGCGAGGAUGGAGAGAGCGCAGAUCAGGCGAGCGAGGAGACGAGUACAAAGAGAGACGGAGAGGAAACACUUAAUCCAUCAAGCACGGCCAGCUCCGGUUCUGCUCCGACACUUUCCCUCGACACGUUAAGCCCACCCGGAGCCCAGGCGAACCCGACAGCCCUCUCCCCACCAAUACCGGUCCCGAACAACCAGGACCAGCAUCAUUUUCUCAGAUCCAGCGUGCGACCUCCGAGCAAGCGGAUACGGAAAGAUGCCGCGUCCCCGGCGCUGAACGGGCACGGCGGUGCAAAAACGAAAGGUGCAGAAGCAGGUCCCUCGGUGUGUGUGACAGCCGCUGCAGGUUCAGGUGGAGGAUCUGGGGGAGGUGGUGCAUCCAAAUCGGCCCCGAAGGGCCCUGCAGAGAAGGAAGAUGGGGGGAGUCAAAAACGAGUGCGCAGACAGUGGGAGUCCUGGAGUACUGAGGACAAGAACAGUUUCUUUGAAGGACUUUAUGAGCAUGGGAAGGAUUUUGAGGCCAUUCAGAACAACAUUGCUCUUAAAUAUAAAAAGAAAGGGAAACCGGCCAGUAUGGUGAAGAACAAGGAGCAGGUUCGCCAUUUCUACUACAGGACCUGGCACAAGAUCUCAAAACACAUCGAUUUCAACAAUGCAUAUUCACGCGUCCUAAAGAAAUCCUCUCAGGAACUCUAUGGCCUCAUCUGCUAUGCUGAACUUAGGAAGAAGGUUGGCGGCUUGAUGGAUGACAAAAAUGUGGCCAAACUAAAUGAACUUAUUCAGCAGGGGGCCACCACGGUGCGUUCCAAAGGCAGAAAUUUGAGGAUCAAAGCUCCCAUGUGCCGUGCUCUGAAGAAACUUUGUGACCCAGAUGGUGUAAGUGAUGAAGAAGAUCAGAAGCCUGUGCGUUUACCUUUGAAGGUUGCUGUAGAGCUUCAGCCCAGGAGCAACCACUCGUGGGCUCGGGUCCAGAGUCUAGCCCAUAAUCCUCGGCUCAGGAUGGUUGUUGAGCUGCACCGGAAGGUCUCCAGUCUCAUUGAAUUCCUGAAGCAAAAGUGGGCCAUGCAGGAUCAACGAAUUCGUAAGAGCCUGGCAGAACGAGAAGCUCUAGAGGGGCUAACCCAGUCUAGCGAGUCCGAAGACCUGUUUCUGUUUCCGGCAGAGAACAGCACAGUAACUACUUUACCAGGUGUGGCCCGUGUUGUACACUCGAAGGCCUCAUGCACGGUGCACUGGCAGGAAAGUGGGCGUGGCCGGACAGGUAUUAGGGAUUUACCCACUGCGCACAUUCUGGGAAUUCAGCCUGCUAGAGGAAAAUCAGGCAAAUCUGGACCAGUGGGAGGAGAACCAAAAAGGACUGAUGGACAUUCUGUUGAAGCUUCUGAUGGCGGCACUUCGGCUCCAGGUUUGGAGAACACUGUAAACCUGUCCCUUAACACUAACUCUCCAUCUACAACUCCAGUAAGUCCAACCCUCACUCCAUCAUUUACUAUUGGACAAGAGGGAAGUGUGGUGGGAACUGUGGAGCAGGAGCUACCGUUAAGUCAGCCUAGUGAACCUAGUGGGCGGGACAAAGAGACUGUCACUCGGGGAGAUCCGGCCCCUACAGAAAGCAGGACAGAGGAACCUGGAACGGGGGUUACAUCAGAAAAGGGACCGCCACAGUUGGAAUCUACAGGGCGUAGUGAGGAAGUGAGUGGGACUGGACGAUCUCCUCAGCAAAUUCGAGAAGAUGGUUGGAGCUCACAGGGCUCUGAGAAUGUGACAUUGGCAGAACUCUACCUCAUGUUGGGCAAGCCUGGGAAACUACAGCUGGAGUAUGAAUGGCAACCUAAGCCCCGCACCUCAGCCUUACCCAACACUCAAAAUGUGUUUCGCUGUCUCCUAAGACUUGUUUCAUCAGAGGUCAACCCAAAACCAACUCCAGACGUAUGUUCAGUGGGAACGUCACCAUUGAAGUCAGGGCAAGAGGAAUCCUCUGUAACUCCUCCAGGAAGAAAUCCUGCUGGUGCAACUCGCAGUCCCAGCUGGGGUCGACAGCAACAUGCAGCGCGCUCAAAAAUUAUUUUAAAUAAUGCAGUCAUGACAGGUGGGAGAAACCUGCCACGUUCUCUGCUGGCCUCCGGAGGUGACAGCGAAGGGUUCGCUGUCCCAACAACCCUGCCUCCCAACAGCUCCCGUCAGUUACGGAUGUUCUCUCCUAAUAAAGAGGCGGAGCUAGCCUUUCGCCAGCAACUGGACUCUAUAAGUUCAGAUAUAUUUUCCAAGCAGAGGAAAAUAGGAAGGGGGCGUCCACUCAGGAAACCUCUAGUUGUUCAGAGGACGCUGUUGCCACGAACAGCUGGAGACACUUCACCACAUGUGUGCUCCUUUUCAAUUCUCUCAAAUUCAUCUGCCACAGGCACAGGUUCCUUUCGACCAAUACAAACUCGUCUUGCCCCAUCAAACCGCCAACAUUCCUCAAAAGCUUUGUCCACUGCUGCUGGUCCUGCACCUACUAGUCAGUUGUCCAGUGCAAUUGACAUGGCAGCAAAAUCGGCAGGCAUUAUCCCUGGCAGCCCCUGUCGUGAAAUGGAAGGCCCUAGAGUAGAAAAGGUCCUUGUGGACUCUGAAGAAACUAAGGACUCCACACCUGCUUCACCCGAACUAGAGCCUGAUCUGCUUGAUCAUGAUCCUUCUGAGGUGAGAGAGAGAAAAAAGCAUCUUGAAUCACUGCAGAAUGGCAUCUCUCCACCGUCUCCAGGGGGUGGAGACUCUCUCCUGGCCCCUCCCAGUGUUGCUUCCUUAUUGGAUAUAUCUCUACCAGGUCCCCCAGAAGAGUCUCUACCGUCUGGAGAGCCACAAACUCACAUCAGUGACUCUAUUAUCGAGCUCGCCAUCAAUUCCCACUACGGUGAUGGAUCAUUGCUUUCACCUCCUAAGCUUAAUGGAAGUGAUCGGUCUAAGCUCCUCCCCUCACCAUGUCACAGUUGGAUGCCAUCCCCAACACAUGACCCUCAGUGGUACCCCAAUGACUCUUCUGACUCGAGUCUUGGCUGUCUACUCUCAAGUCUGGCAUCUCCUGAUAAGACCAGAAGGACAACCCUUCCCCAAUCCAGCAGCACAGCCCUACUUGGACCCAGUCUGCUAGACAGCAACUCUCAUGACUGUUUUCAAUCCCGUGGCCUGCCUGAUGUUGCCGAGGUGGAUACCCAGCUGGCCUGUAUGAUGAGUGAGAGCAGCGUUGACUACAUUGCCCGUUUCAAUGACCUUGCCCAGGAGCUCUCUGUCACAGACUCGACCCUUCAAUCUCCAGGGGACUGAUUCAAGGGGUGGAGUCAGCCAAUGUCCCACCCCCUUUCAUAAAGCUGCGUUAUUGAUCACAAUAUGUGGAUUGAACAGAAGAAUGUUAUCCAGUGUGGUUCGGCUGUUGGAAGUGCAAUAGACUGUCGGGAUCCACAAUAGCCUUUGGGUUCAGGUGUGUGUGUGCGGGUGAGAGAGAGAUUGUGCCGUAUGUUUAUGGGUAUAAGUGUGUUUUGUAGUUCUGUCCUAAGAACCACGCCCAGGAUACUUAAAAGACGAAGCAAACUCCAGUUUACAAUGCAACCUCAUGUACAGAGAAAAUAAUUACCUGCCAUAUCUGAACAAAUAACUUCUUUCUCGUCUCGUCUUAUUUGUCUGUUGGCUUGUCUUUGUCUCACUUUUGUGUGCGUGCAUGUGCAUGCAUCUAUAAGUAGAGCCAAGGAUUGUAUGUGUUUUGUCUUUGUGACUUCUUUCUGUUGUACAUGAUGCAUCUGUCUUAAUAGCUUGGUGUUAAACCCUCUAAAGCCAUAUGAAUGUGUUUGUGUAUGUAUGCGCGCAGCAUUUCGUGUUAAUGUUUUUGGUUGUUAAAAGCCGCACUACUAAAAGGGACCGAUAACAAGGGCUUUUUUGUGAGAUUGAUGCAAGAACCAAAAAUAUCUAUAACACACUAAAGAUAUUAAAUACAAACAUAAAGUAAAGUUGCAUCAAAUGCAAACAGUCUCUUAAAUUAUGCUUUUUUUAAGCAACACUAGGUUAUGUUUCUGGCCAAAUCCGACCCGAUAAGAUGUUGAAACAGGGUUUGCUCAUUUAAGACUGUAUUUUGCUUUUCGUUUUGUAUGCGUGUAUGUGUGUGCCAGAGUGUGUACAUAAAGGUGUUUGCACAGAUGUAAAUAGACCAUAACAGACCCCAGUAUUUACUGCUUUUUGUAACAAAUGUAAAUUAUUGUCAGUCGGUUUAUUUAUUGAUAACUUACUGAGACAGUGUUCUUUGUUAUGUUUAACAUGCCUCAUACAGGCGUAUAGGAGCUCCUCUCCACUGUUUUAAAGAUCUCUGUGUUGUUAAAAUCGGGUUUCAAGCCCAAAGUGUAUAAAUAGAGCUACCACAAA